GUUUAAUGUUCUUUUUUCCCUCAACGCAGUCCUGUAUAAGAUAUUAAAAAUCUUAUCACUCUGAUUUGCUUUUUUGCUCAUGUGUAAAUCCCAUCAGACGCCCAUCGAAAAGCGGUAGAUUUUCAGAAGAAAGUCAUUAGUUUAUUUCCAGAGCUCGUUCACACCCUCUUUUGUACUUUAUAUCGUGUACAUGUGCGGGUAUAAAUACUGUACAGAUGUCAUGGGCCAAAGUAAUAACUGCAUCGGUGUCGAGCGCGCGCCAAUCCCGCCAAGACGCUGGGACACGCGCACGCGCAUGCGCGUGACAGGAAGCCAGCUGCUCUUUCGGGUAGUAGUAGGGCUUGCGACUGGUGAAUACUUUGUGUCUAGAGCAAAGGAUGGCAAAAAAACUGCUUGUGGAUGUGGACUGUGGAGUGGACGAUGCACAGGCUCUCAUGAUGGCCUUGGCGUCACCUGAUGUAGAGAUCCUCGGCAUUACCUGUGUUCACGGUAACACCACCCUUGAAAACGUCUGCAAAAACACCUUGCGCGUCCUCAAGACCUGUGGGAGACUGGAGAUUCCAGUGUUCCGGGGUGCCUCCAAGCCUAUCUUGGGUGUCAGUAAGGAUGCAGGUUUCUUUCAUGGGGCCGAUGGCCUGGGAGAUGUCCCCGACUCAAAUGCUCCAGGCCUAGAGAUGGUGCAGAAGGAAGGAGCUGUCGCAGGCAUGAUCCGAAUAGCCACCGAGCACCCAGGGGAGGUGUCCCUGGUAGCAACUGCCCCUUUAACAAACCUGGCCCUGGCAGUAAGAAUUGAUCCAACAUUCCCACAGAAGCUUAAGGCACUUUACAUUAUGGGUGGAAACACUGAGUCUCGGGGCAACACGACUAUGUGUGCAGAGUUCAACUUUGCAGCUGAUCCUGAAGCAGCUUACAUUGUUCUCAAUGAUUACCCAUGCCCGGUCUACAUUGCCUCCUGGGAGUUCACAUGUCGCAAUAAGCUGCCCUGGAAUUUCUGUCAUGAUUGGCUUGCUCAAGACACUGAGAAAGCACGGUUCAUGGCGAGGAUCUUCCAGCACAGCAUGAAACAGGCCAACAGUGAGCGUUGCCAGAAGGAGAUGGUGGGAGACGAUGGGUUUGCAUCAUGUGACUCGUAUGCAAUGGCAGCAGCUAUCGACGACUCAUUUGUGAUCGAGUACGACACGGUUGCAGUUAGUGUUGAGCUCACUGGAAAGUAUACACAUGGUAUGAUGAUUCUUGAUUUUCUUGGGUUGCUAGAAAAGAAGCACAAAGCCUUCAUUUUGAAGACAGUGGACAUGGAAAGGUUUAAGACCUUGAUGAUGAAUGCUCUAAAAUAAGAGUAAACAAAGCUGUAAAUCAGUCCCCAACGGUUCUUUAGUCAGCUGAUAACUUACAUUUAUUCAUUUAACUGAUGUCUCUAUUGAAAGCAGCUUACAAUGUAAAACUGCUUAUACAGCUACAUUUUUUUUUUUUUUUUUAAUAAAGCAAUUCAUGGUAGGGACCAUUUCUAAGGGUACUAUAGCAAGCAGGAUUUGAACCUUUGAUCUCCAGGUCCAAAGGCAGAAGCACUAACUA